GCUGCUGAACAGUUCAGUGACUGACUGCUCCACGUGCACGAAAUCUCGGAGCGGGAGCACGUUUAUUAUCGGGCUUAUGAUCACAGUUUAACAGUGUUUUAUAUAUUAACACAAGUUUUAUCGAGACGGUCAAGAGUUUUCACACUCCGUACAUAUACAGAUAAUCUACAAAUAAUCAGUGAAUGAGCGGCAUUAUGAAGUAUAUACUGGUGACAGGCGGUGUGAUAUCUGGCAUUGGGAAGGGUAUCAUUGCCAGCAGCGUGGGCACCAUUCUCAAAUCCUGCGGCCUUCACGUCACAGCCAUCAAAAUCGACCCGUACAUUAACAUCGAUGCAGGCACCUUUUCCCCCUAUGAGCAUGGUGAAGUGUUUGUGUUAGAUGAUGGAGGAGAGGUUGAUCUUGAUCUGGGAAACUACGAACGCUUUCUGGACAUCCGGCUCACCAAAGACAACAACCUGACCACCGGCAAGAUCUACCAAUCAGUCAUCAAUAAAGAGCGCAGAGGAGAUUAUCUGGGCAAAACUGUACAGGUGGUUCCACAUAUAACGGAUGCCAUCCAGGAGUGGAUGAUGCGUCAGGCCCUUGUUCCUGUAGACGACGAUGAUGUUGAACCUCAAGUCUGUGUCAUUGAGUUGGGUGGUACAGUGGGAGAUAUCGAGAGCAUGCCGUUCAUCGAGGCCUUCAGACAGUUCCAGUUUAAAGUGAAAAAAGAGAAUUUCUGUAACAUUCACGUCAGUCUGGUGCCACAGCCCAGCGCAACAGGAGAACAGAAGACCAAGCCCACCCAGAACAGCGUGAGAGAGCUCAGAGGACUGGGACUGUCUCCUGAUCUGGUCAUGUGUCGAUGCUCCACACCACUUGAUAACUCUGUUAAAGAGAAGAUCUCCAUGUUUUGUCAUGUGGAACCUGAACAGGUGAUCUGUGUCCAUGACGUGUCGUCUAUCUACAGAGUGCCAUUGCUCUUAGAGGACCAGGGUGUUGUGGAAUACUUCUGUCGCCGAUUGAACCUGCCCAUAGAGAACAGACCCAGGAAGAUGCUUGCCAAGUGGAAGGAGAUGUCAGACAGGUCCGACAGGUUGUUGGAGCAGUGUUCCAUUGCUCUGGUGGGGAAGUACACAAAGUUCUCCGACUCGUAUGCGUCUGUCAUUAAAGCUCUGGAGCAUUCAGCUCUCGCCAUCAGCCACAAACUUGAGGUGAAGUAUAUAGAUUCUGCAGAUCUAGAGUCCAGUACGUUACAGGAGGAGCCGGUGAAAUAUCAUGAGGCCUGGCAGAAACUCUGCAGCGCUGAUGGUAUUUUAGUACCGGGAGGGUUUGGAGUCAGAGGGACGGAGGGCAAGAUUCAGGCCAUCAGCUGGGCCAGAAAACAGAAGAAGCCUUUCCUGGGCGUGUGUCUGGGGAUGCAGCUUGCUGUGUGUGAAUUUGCCAGGCACAUGUUGGGCUGGACAGAUGCAAACUCCACAGAAUUUAACCCGGAAACAGAACAUCCUGUGGUGAUUGACAUGCCAGAGCACAAUCCAGGACAGAUGGGCGGCACCAUGCGAUUGGGAAAAAGGAGAACCAUUUUCAAAUCCAAAAACAGCAUACUAAGAAGACUUUACGGGGAUGUGGACUAUGUAGAUGAAAGACACAGGCAUCGUUUUGAGGUGAACCCAGAGCUGAAGCAGCACUUUGAAGAUAAAGGUUUCAGGUUUGUGGGUCAGGACGUGGAGGGUGAGAGAAUGGAGGUCAUUGAGUUGGAUGAUCAUCCGUAUUUUGUUGGUGUACAGUAUCACCCAGAAUUCACAUCGAGACCCAUUAAACCAUCUCCACCGUACUUUGGUCUGCUGUUAGCUGCCGCCGGGCGACUCCCAAAUUAUCUUCAGAAAGGCUGUCGGCUUUCACCACGAGAUACAUACAGUGAUGAAAGUGGCAGCAGCUCUCCAGAACCAGAGAUGACAGACUUCAAACUACUUUCAAUAACUCAAGAUUAAAUCUGUACAAUUUCAUCCCGCUUGCUAAAGCAUUUUUUUUAAGUAUCUUGCAUUUUGUUUGAUUUUAUUGCCAUUAUCAAGAAAAAAAUUGAGUCACCUUUCUGAAACUAAUUUAAACCCUUACCAGUCAAGCAGAGAUUUUUACAGAUUUGGAUUAACUAUUCAUGUGGACAAAUAAUGUCAAGUAUUAGUCAUUUCAAAAAAUUUAUUGUUCCAGCAGUCUGGUGCCAAAAAGUUCAGUUGAGUAUUCCCUUAAUAUUUUGGUCAUUAGAACAGCAAUUUGAGUGAACUACUCCAGUUAUUGGUCAAGACUGGAAGACAUACAAAUGCAGUCACAAACAUCUCAAUCCCAGUAUUGAACCAGUUGUGGAUUAGUUUUAUUAGCAUGUUGUUUGGUGUUAGUUACAGUGGUAUUUUGUGGUACAACUAUUUUUUAAAGAUUAUUGGUCAAAUAAAGAGAAAUAUUCAACUUCUA